AAUGGCCUGGUCAGAAUCAAGUUGGUUUCUUUCCAUUUUUUUGUACCCAGAAAAGACAGACUAUGCCUCUGAGCUCCACAUCGGCUGCCUCAGAGACGGCUGCAAGCCAACAGGACCCAGCAGAAAACGCAGAGGAAAAGCAGCGCGUGGAAGGGAAGCCAGAGAUGCCCCCCACACAGAAAGAUCCAUGGAAAGAGGCACAGGAGAGCAGUUUUCCCCUGGCAAAAAAAGCCGCCCAGGAGAGCAGCCCCCUGGCCUCCAACCCCACCCUCUCGGAAGUGGUCUCCGAGCUGACGUCCUGGAAGAAGAGCAGUCAGAGGAGGAGCAUGUGGACUGUCAAUCAUGUUGAGGGGACGAAACUCAGGAUGAGCAAGAGAAGAUCCAGUUAUCGUCCAGAAGACCAAGAGGCCUUCUACCGGCUUCUGGAGGACCCUGUUAUCCAGAGCUUCCUGGAAGCUGAUAUUUUCCUGAAAGUGUCCGACAAGUACCUGCUCUCCAUGGUGGUGGAGUACUUUGGCCGCGUCGGGCUGCCUGGUCACCUCUACAACAGGAUCCACUUCUUCCUGGCCCUCUACAUCGCCUCCGACAUGGAGGAGGACAACCCCACAUCCAAGCGGAGCAUCUUCCAGUUCCUGCUGGGCAGGGAGCACUGGCCAGACCUCUACAAGGAGUUCCUCAAGUUGAAGGUGGAAUUCUUCCAUGCGAUGGAGCACCGAGCCUGGGUCACCCCGGAUUUGUGUGAGGAGGUCUGUCGGGCAUGA